AGACUCACAGACAGACAGGCAGAGACACAGACAGAGACAGGCAGGUGAGAUGGGUGUGUUCAGGUGUGUGUGUGAACUGAUGUGUGUGUGUGUAAGUGUGUGUGUGUGUCUGAACCUGUUGGAAGACGCCGUGAUGUUCCACGGACCAACAGGAAGUCUGUUUGGAUUCUCCAUCGACUUUCAGACCUUCAACAACAAAUCCUACAUCGUCAUUGGAGCUCCCAAAGCCAACACCAGCCAAUCAGGAGUGAUGGAGGGAGGGGGCGUGUUCCUCUGCCCCUGGUCACCUGCAGGGGGGACCUGUGACAUCAUCAACUUUGACCUGAAAGGUGAUGAGACGUUCAGCAGCACCACGCUCACCUUUCACACCUUCAAGAGUCAGCAGUGGUUCGGAGCGUCGGUCCGAUCGGUCAGUGACACACACUUGCUGGCUUGUGCACCGCUCUCUCACUGGAUUGCUCAGAGGCGAGGGGAGGAGUCAGGGAAAACACCUGUGGGGAAUUGCCUCCUAUUGGACCACAGGACUAGAAGCUCCACCCCCUUCUCCCCCUGCAGAGGAGGGAUGAUGGACGCCGACUACAAACGGAUAAACAACAGACACGACCAGCGCUACUGUGAGGUUGGCUUUAGCACUGACAUCACUAAGGAGGGGCGUCUCGUGCUCGGAGCUCCAGGAGGUUUUUUUUUCCAGGGUCAGGUCAUCACGGUGGCUGUCAGUGACAUCAUCAGCAGUGGGCGGAGCAGCGAUCCUAUGCCUGUCGUAGUUGGCAUCAGCCAAUCAGAUGAGAGGGGAGGUUACGACCUUUACCGCGGUUACUCUGUGGCCACAGGUCAGCUGACCGGAGACUCCACCCCAGAUUAUCUGGUUGGAGCGCCAAACGACAGGAACACAUUAGGAACCGUCAAGAUCUAUGAUGGCAGAAGCAGCGGAUCUCUGAGAGCUUCUUACACCUUGCAGGGAACUCAGGUGGCGUCCUACUUUGGCCACAGUGUGGCUGUCGCUGAUGUCAACAGUGACGGUUUGGAGGACGUGUUGGUUGGAGCUCCUCUCUUCAUGGACAGAGUGAUGGAGCAGCUGCAGGAGCGAGGUCAGGUGCUGUUGUACCUGCAGAGAAGACACACCUCCUUCUCCUCCCAGCCUGACCAAUCACUGAUUGGCUCCUCCCUGUAUGGGCGGUUUGGCUCCGCCCUCACUGUGCUGGGUGACCUGGACAUGGAUGGUUACCAUGAUGUUGCUGUCGGAGCUCCCUGGUCAGGUGACGGUGGGCAGGGCCAGGUGUUUAUCUACCUUGGCAACAGUAACGGUCUGUCAGCCACGCCCUCCCAGGUGAUCGACAGCCAGUCGCCCAGCAGCAGGACGGCUUUUGGGUUUUCUCUGAGGGGCGGAACGGAUGUGGACGGGAAUGGAUACCCAGACCUGCUGGUUGGAGCGUGGGCUGCAGACCGAGCUUUUGUUUACAGAUCCCGGGCCGUGAUCCGCUCCACAGUUUCCGUCUCUCUGCUGCCGGACUUCCUGAAUCCAGACGUCAAACUGUGCCAGAAAGGAAACUCACUUGUGUCCUGUUUCGUCGUCCAGACGUGCGUCUACGUGUCUGGACACAGAAUCCCAGAGGAAACAGCUCUGGGGGUGGAGCUACAGCUGGACAGGAUGAAACAGCCAAUGGCAAGACGGACUCUGCUGCUGUCGACCAAUCAGCCGCAGGAGACAAUAAAGCUGAGGGUUCAGAGAGAGGUGGGCAUGGCCUGCGUCAAUCGGACUGCCUACCUGAGGUCUGAAGAGGAAGUUCGGGAUAAGUUGAGUCCGAUCUUCAUCACUGUGAACAUCAGCCUCCUCAACACUACCCAGAAUGCUCUGCUGCACGGACAAACAUACGCUGCUGCACAGACCAGGAUAAUCCUGAACUGUGGAGAUGAUAACGUCUGUGUUCCUGACCUGAAGCUGAACGCCAAACCUGUGUCAGACAGGGUGUGGGUCGGUGAGGAUCAGUCGGUGUUAUUGUCGGUGUCAGCACAGAACGAUGGUGAGGGAGCGUACGAAACUGAGCUGGUGGUCCUAAUCCCUGAACACACACACUUCCAGAGCAGUCAGGGUGAGAACAGACUGGUGUGUGUUCAGAGGAAACAGAAUCAGACCGUCAUCGUGACCUGUGACCUCGGAAACCCCAUGAGACAAGGACACACUCUGCAGACACGUCUUCUGUUCAGUGUGGGCUGUCUGGAGGAGGUGGAGCAUCACAUCACCUUCAACCUCAGGAUCAGAAGUAAGAACUCAGUGAAUCCCAACAGUAACGAGGUCACAGUGGAGGUUCGGGUCGUUGCUGAGGCGUCACUGGAGAUCAGAGGAGGCUCCUCCCCUCCAGAGGUGGUUCUCCCCCUCCCUGACUGGCCGCCUGCAAUGCAUCCUGGGAGUAUAGAGGAAGUGGGUCCACUGGUGGAAACCGUUUAUGAGCUGAGGAACCACGGUCCCAGCGCGGUCAAUGCCCGGCUGACGGUGGACUACUUCUCCACCUGGCGACAUCACUUCCUCCUCUACGUCUUCUCCAACGCCUCCGAAGACUCACUGACCUGCAGACCCCUGAACGCAUCACAGAUCGACCCCUUCAAGCUGGUUGGUAACAGGUCCAGUGUGUCUGUAGUUUCUCAGUCGGUCCAGCAGGAGGAGACAAAGUCUCACAGUCCCACAGUCCAUCUGAACUGCAGCAGCAGGGAGGCGGGGUGUGUCAGGUUUGUGUGUGAUGUCACUGUGUUGGGGCGGGGCUUCAGCGCUGUCAUUCGAAUCUCAGCCCAUCUGUGGACACACACACUCGCACAGACUCCCUACCUGAACUAUGAGCUCACGUCCUCCGCCUCCUAUGAUGUCAUCAACACAUCAUCCAAGGUCCAACCACUGCUGCUGCCAAGUGGACACACACAGACCCGCCUCAGCGUGUUGUGGCGUCCUCCUGAUGGAGAGAACAACGUUCCUAUUGGUUACAUCGUCCUGUCAAUCAUCUGUGGACUCCUCCUGCUGGGCGUGCUCUGUUUCAUCUUCUGGAAGCUGGGUUUCUUUAAGCGUACUCGCCCGCCCACUGAUGAUGAUGAUGAUGAUGAAGAGCAAUGUCUGGCUGAGGAGUCACAUGACUGAGUCACACACACACACACACACACACACACACACACACACACACACACACAGGUCACAUGGUGGAGGUCAGAGGGGCGUCUCACUGAUCUGCUGUAUAAGUGAUCAGGAGCACAGAUCACUGACAGGAUCAAUAGUUCCUGAUCGACUCAAUAAUCAAUAAUCACAUGUUUAAUAAUGUUCAAUAUCUUUAUCAUUUAUCAUCUGUUCACACACCAGAUCACACAUAAUCAA